AUGAUUUCCGCCUCCAGAAGAUGGUUAAAGCGGAAUAGAACUCCACUUGCUAUUGGAUUUGGCCUUAUUGGGGCUGGCUAUGUUGCAACUCAAUAUGUGUUGGGAAAGAUCUCAGAUGCGCGUGAGCGCAUGAGCAGUGACCGCAUAGCCCGAGAGAACCUGCGCAGGAGAUUCGAGCAAAACCAAGAAGAUUGCACCUUCACUGUCCUAGCCUUGCUCCCAACAGCUACAGAUAAUAUAAUGCAUGAAUUGGAAACCGAGAGGAUAACUCAUGAACUCCAGCAGCAGAAGGCGGCAAAGUUGGCACGUAAUGGCGAGAUAAAUCCAUCAGAGUUGGACUCUGGACCUCCCAGUGUGACGGAUGAUGAUGGGAGGAGUAUGGCGAGUCUCCAGAGUGAGAGUGGUGUGCAUGCAAGCCAGAUGGGUAUUCCAUCUGCAUCGGUAGUUGGCGAGGGGCGACAGGAUGGUGGGCAACAGGCUCAGAAGGCUAGGAAAACUAAGCUGCAGCUUUGGAACGAUCUCAAGAUUAGCUCAAUCACUCGGGCCUUCACAUUGAUAUAUACACUAGCUCUUCUCACUCUCCUCACUCGGAUACAGCUGAAUUUACUGGGCCGGAGGAGUUAUCUGUCCAGCGUGGUAUCUCUUGCAACGGGUGGAAUGGAACAAUCAACGAUCAGCCUGGAAAACCACGAUGACGAUAACCCGGAUCAAGCUUACGGGAACGAUUUUGAGACCAACAGAAAAUACCUGACCUUCAGUUGGUGGCUGCUGCACAGGGGUUGGAGGGAGGUCAUGCUUAAGGUUGAAGCUGCUGUAAAAGAGGUCUUUGGGGGUUUAAGUCCUAGGGAUGAUAUCAGUAUGCAAAAGUUCUCAGAGCUGACUCUUGAGGUCCGGAAGAAAGUCGAAGGGGCCACAGAAGCGGAGAGACAAGCGAGCACGUGGUUGCAAUAUUUGCUUCCGCCGAAAGAAGAGGAGGAAUUUGUCCUCAGGGAAUCUGGAAUGACCAAGGAGUCGUCUCCGUCAGGAUCAGUUUCGAUAUCAUCAUCAGAUGCUACACCACUUCGACGCCUCCUAGACGAGACCUCGGAUCUCAUCGACUCGCCCCCCUUUUCACAUGUCCUGACGCUGCUCCUGGAUGCUGGGUACUCGACCCUAGUCGAUCAAGAGAUUGCACGGCAAGCUUACAGAGUGCCACCGACGUCCGACGUUCCGGAUCUGAAUGCUCCACGUGUCACGGAAGUUGUCGAUGUUAAGCCUGUCAAGCUGCCAAUCGUUCUUGCGAUACUGACGAGGCAGGCUUACUCGAUUGGGAAUGGAGUACCAAACGAGUAUCUUCAAUCAAUGGAGCAGGUCCGAGACUUGGAGGCAUUUGCAGCAGUAGUUUAUUCCUCUAACUGGGAAAAUGAGAUUCGCCCUGUGAACGACGAGUCUGGUAUCACCUUGAAGGAUGGUCCUAUCGAUCCGGCAGAAGGUCAUACAGGACAAGAGAGCAUUGUAGAUAUUGGAAGUGCCAGUGCCAGUGCAUUUGAGAGUGCAUGGGGCAAGGCUGUUCAAAAAGAUGCUCCGGUUUGA